AUGCCAAGACCCAAUUUCACAGUGGUGACAAAUUUUACCUUUGAAGGUUUCUCCAUUUUUGGGUGGCAUCACAGACUCAUCCUCUUUGUGGUAUUUUUUAUAUUGUAUCUGCUAACUCUCGCUAGCAAUGCUAUCAUCUUGACAAUUAUUCACCUGAACCACCAACUUCACACGCCCAUGUACUUCUUCCUAAGUGUUUUAUCCAUUUCUGAGACCUGUUAUACCGUGGCCAUCAUCCCCCGAAUGCUGUCCAGUCUCCUCGACCCACAACAAGGCAUCUCCAUCCCUGAGUGUGCCACUCAGCUCUUCUUCUACCUCACCUUUGGCAUCAACAACUGCUUCCUGCUCACAGCCAUGGGGUAUGACCGCUAUGUGGCCAUCUGUAACCCUCUACGUUAUUCAGUCCUCAUGGGCAAAAAGGCAUGCAUACAACUGGCAAGUGGGUCCUGGGGCAUCGGACUGAGCACAGCCAUCAUUCAGGUAUCUUCUGUGUUCACUCUGCCCUUCUGUGAAGCCAAUGUCAUCUCCCAUUUCUUUUGUGACAUCCGGCCCCUAAUGAAGCUGGCUUGUGCUGACACUACCAUCAAGGAAUUUAUCACUUUGCUCAUCAGCCUCUGUGUCCUCGUUCUGCCCAUGAUCUUGAUCUUCAUCUCCUAUGUUCUGAUUGUCACCACCAUCCUCAAGAUGGCAUCUGCUGAAGGCCGGAAGAAGGCCUUCACCACUUGUGCCUCACACCUCACAGUGGUCAUCAUCCACUAUGGCUGUACCUCCUUCAUCUACCUAAAACCCAAAUCCCAGAAUUCCCUGCAGGACAGGCUCAUCAGUGUGACAUAUACGGUCAUCACUCCCCUGUUGAAUCCUGUUGUAUACAGCCUGAGGAACAAAGAGGUCAAGGACUCCUUGCUUAGAGCUUUGGGCAAGAAAACCUUCUCUUAG